AGCGCGGAGACGCGCGCGAAGGGGGGGGCGCGGUUGACGGAGACGUGCGCGCGGGCGUUGGACGCGGCGCGAGAGAACGAGGCGCUCCGGGCGAGGGCGCGGGCCGAGAGCGCGGCGGAGGCGAGAAGGCGUAAGGAGCGAUACUUGGAAGCGAAGAAUGCGCUCAGGGAGGACGACGCGGCGAGACGGGACGCGGAGCGGAAACGGAGGGCGGAGACGGGUCGCGAACGCGAGGGCGGAACGCGCAGAAAGCCGCGAAUCGAUAUCGAGGCGACGAAGGAGACGAGCGAGACGCGAGUGGAGCUCGUGGAGAACGGUGGAUUUGAUUUCGGCGACGAUUGA